UGUCUAGAACACCAACAAUCAUUUAUUGAUUCUAGAAUCUAUAGUAUUGUUUAGUAUGCAAUUGUAUAGUUCUAGACUUGCUCUAUAGAAUAUCUACCCAAGCCACGAAGGGAUUGACACAUUAUCUUAUAUAUUUCCUUGGAAUAUACUAAAUAAUAAAAAUGGGGCGAGGAGGAAAGAAAAAAGGAGACAAGAAGAAUAAGGAGACAGAAGACGUAUCCACAACUGAAGCUCUUUCUACCUCUGACGUACCAUCUACGUCUACCAGUACAAUGGAAGUGGAGACAACAACCAAACCAACCGAACCUGAAGAAGAUAAUGAUAUUGGUUUAGGCGGGGGUAAAAAACGUAAUCCACGUAAAAAGAAAUCCACACAAGAAACUGCAGCAUCUUUAACUGAAACUGGUAGUAAAGAUCAGAAAAUGACUGGGGAACUAGAAAAAAGUAUGAGUUCAUUAACGUUGAGCCAACCACCAACUUCUGGUAAACCAUCAGAGGAGGAAAUCAAACCGUCCGGACCUGAUGAGGAUACAGGUUUAGGAUUAGGUUUGGGAGGUGGUAAAAAACGGAAUCCACGAAAAAAAAAGAAAAAUUUUGUACCCAUUCCUAUUACUAUAUCGACAUCAACAGCAACAGCAACAGCAACGGCAGAAGUUCCAGUGAUAGCGCAGGACUUGCCAUCGCCAUCAGUCUCUGAAGUACCCUUUGCAAGUUCACAGAAAUCUCAAGCUUCUUCAGGAUGGAGUAAACCUCAAUUACAACCUCAAAGCAGCCAGCAGAGCUCCUCGGGUUAUGGUGGAACAUGGAGACAGCAACAGCCUACGCAGCCAUCGUCACGACCACCUAUACAACACUCAGAACGCACAAGUAAACCACAAAGACCCGUGGAACAGACUCCAUACGCCUCAACUACAGGAGCCGGACCAGCUUUUCAAAGUUGUUUUAGAAUACCGCAUAAAAUUAUUACUAAUGCGCCACAAGCGAAGUAUCAAUCAACUAAAGUGUUGACAAACUAUCUCAAAAUGAAUAUCGAACCUCGCAAAAUUCACCGCUAUGAUGUGACAUUUAGACCAGAUAAAGUGAAAAAAUUGAUACCCAAAGCAUUCAUAAUGGCCAAAAAUUUGCGAUUCCCAAAGGCAAUUGUUGCAUUUGAUCAAAUGAAGAAUUGUUAUACCUUGAAUCCGUUUUCAGAGGUACCGGAGAAUGAACGUUUAAUUAUUAAGGUGGAAGUAACUGAUAAUAAUGGAAAAAAGGUUCCAUUUGAGGUGUCCUUCAAACAUACAGGAGUGGUCGAUCUGGAUAAAAUAAUACAGUACAUGAAGACUGGUGGUACAUCUUUGAACCCGCCCUCUGAAGCAAUACAAUGUGUGGACGUGAUACUGAGACAAGGGACCUUGGAGUCAUAUGUCAAGAGCGGCCGUCAGUUUUACAAGCGCCCCCUCAACCCAGUGGAUCUGUCCGAUGGCUUGGAGAUGUGGACUGGAUUGUUCCAAUCCGCUAUAUUUACCAGCAGACCUUUUGUGAAUAUAGACGUUGUCCAUAAAGGGUUCCCUAAAAGCCAACCCCUUCUAACAGCAUUCAUGAAGGACUUUGGUUUAAAUCCAAAUCAAAAUUUGAUGCAGAGAAAUUGGGCUGUGUCGCCAUUCAAAGAUUUCAUUCGUGGCCUAAAGGUGGUAGCUGCAAUAGGUGGGGACACCACAGCCGGCGGACAGAAGCGUGAGUUCGUAUGCAACGGCACCGUGGGACCCGCUAAUGAGGAGACUUUUGAAUACACCGAUCCGAACUCAGGAAGAAAUACAAGAAUGACGGUUGCUGAUUUCUUUACUAAGAUAAAGGGAGUCAGACUCCAAUAUCCAAACCUCAAUUGUGUUUGGGUAGGAUCGAAGAGUAAGACGAUUUAUUAUCCAAUGGAGUUACUGGAGGUAUCAUAUGGACAGGCGAACAACAAACAGCUAACAGAGAAACAGUUAGCGACUAUGGUAAAAGAGGCGGCUACCGCACCAAGUGACCGAAAACGCAAAAUUGAAGAAGUCAUAAGAAGUAUGAAUUACCCAAAAAAUGAAAAUUUCAAGAAAUUUGGUUUAACAAUAGAUGAUCAAUUCCAUUUAGUGGACGCCAAGAUCCUUGCACCACCUCAAUUAGAGGUAGCACCUGGAAGAUCAUUAACGCCAAGAAAAGGCGCUUGGCAAACAAAUGGUCUCUUGAAAGCGAGUUCUUGGAAAAAAUUGAACGUAAUAAGUUUGAUGAUGAAAGUAGCAGGAGAAAUGGGAAUGACAGCCUCAAGACCUGAGAUGACACAAUUCAAUGGAACAAUGAGAGAUUUGCAAUAUAUCUUUGUCACUGCUUUGAAAAAGGGAAUUAAAUUCCUAUUUGUGAUUGUCGGAACACGUGCGCGUGAUUUAUAUCAUAAGGUCAAGAGAACAGCGGAAAGAGAAGUUGGUAUUCUGACGCAGUGCGUAAAAGAAUUCACAAUGAAUCGUCGUAUGAACGCGCAAACUGCACGCAAUAUACUUCUAAAGGUCAAUUCUAAAUUGAUGGGUAUUAACCACGCGCUAGACACCAGCUCCUUACCUCGAUGUUUGAGCGGCGGUGAUGUUAUGGUAGUCGGUGCUGACGUUACACAUCCUUCACCCGAUCAGUCGUCCGUACCAAGUAUUGCUGCUGUGACAGCCUCAAUAGAUCCGAAGUGUUAUCAAUACAAUAUUGAAUUGAGUAUUCAAACUCCAAAGCGAGAAAUGAUUAUGCAGUUUGAAGAUAUGAUGGUGGAUCAUCUGAAGGUAUACAAACAAAAGCAGAACAAGUUGCCUAGAAAGAUAUAUGUUUUCCGCGAUGGUGUUUCAGAGGGACAGUUUGCACAGGUGAUGGCUAGUGAGCUCACAGCAGUACACAAUGCAUAUCAGAGGAUGACUGGAAAUCCAAAUAUGAAGCCUGAAGUACUAUUUUUACUCGUUCAGAAACGACAUCACACGAGAUUGUUUGUACCAAAUAGCCCCCAAAACGUGGAGCCUGGCACAGUGGUUGACAAAGAAAUUGUUCAUGCAACUGAAUUGGACUUUUAUUUGGUAUCUCACCAGGCUAUAAAGGGCACAGCCCGUCCGACCCGCUAUCACGCAGUGUGUAAUGAUGGAAAGAUCCCCUCCGACGAAGUCGAGCAACUGACAUACUACUUAUGUCACUUGUACUCGCGCUGUAUGCGGGCCGUGUCCUACCCCACGCCGACUUACUACGCUCAUUUGGCGUGCCUCCGUGCGAAAUCUCUCACACAUGGUGAGCGAUAUAAUAACAAUGAAUUAGAGAGGCGUCCACAGCGUUUGCAUGUUAUGGACAGCAUACUGCAAUUAAGUCGUAUGUUCUUCGUAUAAUUGAAUAAAAGGAUCAAGAUUCUACUAUAUACCAUAUACAUUUAAUUUUUUAAUUAAUCUGCUUUUGCGAGAUAUUGCUUUAUAUAAUUUUAAUGUAUCAUGUAUUUUAUUCUGUAUGUUGAUGUAUUAUUUUUCGUUAGAGAUAUAAUUGUACAUUAGCAAACAACUUCAAUAGAGGUUUGAUACUAUCUGGCAGGGAUGCCAAAGCACAUAGAUUCAUCGUAAUAUUUGAUCUUGAUACGAUGACAUUUUUAUUGUUGUACAAGUUUGUGUGAGAUUAUAUCCUACAAAAAUCAGAUAAUGCUACGCAUCUACUACCACCUCCGAUCGAUUCCCCAUCCAAUUCAAACGGGGAUCGAUAUUAUGACGGCCCGACCCGAGGUUCGAACCCCUAGUGGUGCCCUCAGACUAAAGUCGUAUCCGUCAGGCGGGAGUUGGCCUUCAGCCGCUCCAUAAGUCCUUCCGCGGGUUUGGAGUGCCAUCUGCACUCGCCCCCUAUCGUCCGGUGAAGCUGUAAAGGCCAAUUGCGGCCAACACCAUUAGAAUAGUCCGAAAAAAAAAGCUACGCACAUGCUUGUCUCUAUGGUUACGUUCAUUUUGUUUACUUAAUUCUUGUUCAUAAAAAAAGAUUAUGUCCAUUGAUUUUAUAUAAAUAAUUUUUAAUUUAAUUGUACGUAUUAUACUAUGAUAUUAUAAAGUUUUUUAUUCUGUUAUAUACAAUAAUCUAUGACCGAAUUAUAAUCAUAUUUGUAUUAAUAACCAUUAAAUCUACCUAUACAGUA